CACUUUUUAAGUUUUUUAUCCCAGAUAUAUUCCUGCUCACCUGAACUUCUCCAGAAGCCGGAAGCAGCCGCCUGUUUCGUUUGUUUUGGAUCUCCUGCUCUGAUUGGAGUCCGAUCUUUUGAAAACUAGAAAUAAUUUUCUAGUUUGUUUAUAGGGACGUCUGGCAGCUGUUGGGCCGUUAACCCGCCUGACGCGUCGCUGUAUGAAAACCAACAUGGCUGCUUGACAGAUGAAAGCUUUCAUGGCGAAGCGGCUCUGGCCUCUGAAAUACAGUAGCGUUCAGCCGUGGUGGUAAUGGGUUCGCUCAGUGGAGGGUCUGGUUCACAUUUAUGUGUCCAUCCAGAGGAUCUGACCUUUUCCAUCCCCUAAACCUCAGCAGCGCUGGUCCCGCCUCCGGGCCAAACCUCCCAGUAUAUCUUCAUCGUGUGAAGCUCCAACGCAGGGAAAGGUAGUCCAACUGAACAGGAACGAAGCAGCGGGAACAAGAAGAUCUGGAUGAGGGGAAAACUUUGACAGACGGGGAAACAAGAAGAGAGGAAAAAAUCUGAAACGAAGCGAAGAAAGACUCGAAUCAGCCGAAGAGGAAACGGGAGAGAAAACAGGGAAGGAAUCAGAAGAGCAGAGAGCGCCGCGUCCCGUCAGGAUCCUCAGAGAACGAUGCAGACCUUCCUGCCGCUGGGCUGUUGCGUCCUCGCGCUAACGCAGUACUGCCUUGGCUCCGCCCACAUGAUCCCUGAUGACAGGCUGUCCACCAAUAGGGUCGCUGCGUCCAACGCUCUGUCUCACAACCUGCAGAUCGACCCGCCUCCUGUUGUUAUUGUGGAGCUGAACAAAUCCUCCAAGAAGAAAGAAAAAGCAAAGAAGCAGAAAAAGAAUAAGUUUGUGAGGAAACGCCCGCCUCCUCCGCCGAACUGCGUCCCGCUCUGGGGGAGCUGCAAAGCUCCCGGCAACGUUUGCUGCGACUUCUGCGCGUUCUGCCAGUGCCGGCUCUUUAAGACUGUGUGUUUGUGCCGGAUGGGGAACCCGCGCUGCUGAGCGGCUGCUGGGGCUUCAGGAAACCUCCUGCAGCGACUCGGUUUGUAAUUUUGCCUGAAACUCGCAGCAUGAAAGCACUUUAUCACGAGGACUGCGGCGACGGAGCCGCGCCGAGCGAACACAGGGAGGCUUUUCACACUGAUUAACGUUUGGAUUGUACUUUAGCAGAGCUUCAGCACGCUAACAUGAACUGAUUCAGAUCAGGCAGUUUCCUGUCACACUCCACAUGAUGCUACGAGUAUCAACGUGUUUAUGGCACAUGCAACAAUAAAAAGUCUUCGUGGCCAA